AUGAGCACCACUUGCACGGUCAAACAGCGGCGCGGCCGAACAGCCAGAAAAACUCAGCUCAAUAGCGCAGAAAGAAAUGCCAAGAAAUUCGCAAAUCCGAAGCUGUGCAGCUACAACGAAUUACCUGAAUGGCAACGCGACAACGAUAAAAUUCUACAAGGCUAUGUGCGUGAAACAAAAUCCUCAAUGAAAUGUGUCAAAUCACUUUUUUAUUUUCACAACGAAACCGUAAACAUCUACACACAUAUGGUACCCAGCGUCACGUAUUUGGGACUGCUUUUGUUUUUCACGGAUUUCGUGCUGAUUCCACAACUUCCCUCGACUUCGAUGUCCGAUUAUAUUAUGAUCAACUUCUAUCUAUUGGGUGCGUUCCUGUGUCUCAUGUGCAGUACUUUCUUCCACUGCAUGAAGCAACAUUCCGAGACACAUAGUGAUAUCUGGAGUAAAGUGGACUACAUGGGGAUCAUCUUCUUGAUCUCGUGCUCGAUUGUGUCGCUGUUGUACUAUGGCUUCUACGACUACCUGUUAUACUUCAAAGUCUUUACAAUCGCAGUGGUCGUGCUAGGUUCUCUCUGCGCAACGUUUGUGCUGAAUGACCGCUUCAAUGCCAAGAGCUGGCGCAUGUUCCGGGCCGCAUUUUUCGUGAUGUUUGGCUUCAGUGGGAUUGUGCCCAUCAUGACCGGACUCAUCAAGUUUGGGGUGGAGGAGUCGUCCCAGAGAGUUCAACUGCGGUUUGUGUUCUGGGAAGCGAUUUUUUACAUUGCAGGCGCCGUAGUCUACGGAUUCAGGCUGCCCGAAGCAUUUUUGCCUGGCAAAUUUGAUUAUCUAGGCCACAGCCAUCAAUUGUUCCACGUCCUCGUUGUUCUGGGUUCCAUAUGUCAUUUCAGAGCUCUUAUCGGCUCCUACUUUUUCAUGCACACGGGUAUCAGUUCGUCGAGCCUUCUCAAUUUGAAGGCGGUGUAG